GUAGCUCUUGGCUCCGCUCUGCAACUCUCCGGUUUCCAUCGGAGUUGGGGAGGAGGGAAGAGAGGGGAGGGAGAGAGGAGGGUGGGGAGGGGGGAAAGAAGGCCGGCCGGCGGAGCUGGCUUGCGGCCUCCUUCGCCAGAGUAAGCGGUCCUCCUCAUUCCCCAAGCAUCCCGGAGCGCCAGCUUGCCAGCCCAGCCGCAGAGCGCCGCCGCCGCGUGAGUAUCGCAGAUCCACGCGGGGUGGUGGGCUAGGGAGGCUGGGCGACGGGUUCCCAACUUGCCUGCUUGGAGCAGCAGUUUCUCCCGACUUUGCUGACACCACCUUGCUUUUGUUUUGGGACCGACGCGAUCCCUUUAGAAGAUCACCCGGGAGUUGAGAAAUGCCUAGCGGGAGGAGAUUUUGCUUUCUUUGGGAUUGAUUUUAAUCCGAGCCACCCAAAAAGCCUUGCCCAAAAAAAUAUACUGGAAGAAAGAGCUGCUCUCUUGGGGAAAUUGAAAUAAAAAUGGCCAAAGUUUGUGGAUUUUUAAAAAGAAUGGCCUGAUCUGGACCCCACUAAGGGGCGGUGGGCGGUGGUCUGGAUUUCAAUUUCGAGUUAGUCCGGUUUUUAAUUGAGUAUUCAUUCUGAUUUGUUCCGCAGUGGUGAGCCUAAUUUGCUUGUGGAUUGUUUAUACAUCUUCCCAUGAAUUAGCCAUUCAUCCCACACUUUUCCAUGCAUUUUCCCAUCACUUUCUCAGCCACCAAAAGUCUGGGUUGGUUGUUUUUUUAAAAGUGGAUUUGUUGCUCCAGGGGAAGAGAGUGCUGUAAUCUACUUGAAUUGUGCAAACCUAGAUUUCCUGGGAUGCUCUUGAAGCCUUCCUGCAAAAUAACAUACAGGAUACGCCCAGAGGAGCAUCUGUUGAACAUUACAGAAUUUGAACUCGGGUCUCCUGGUCCUAACCAAACAUAGGUCACUCUGACUCUUGGGAAGGUGUGGGAAUGAGGGGCUUUGAUUGCUGCAAGUGCCCCACAAGUUGGAAAGAAAGUCAACCGUUCUGGACUGAUAUUCACCAUUAUAUCUCACGCACAGACACCUCAGCCGCACAAAAGUAACAUUCAUAUUAUAUGCAAAAGUCACUGCUACUUGCAAUCCACAGGUAGGAGACUAAUACUAAAAGUCAGUAAUGAAACUUGGUUUUUGCUGAAUGCUUAAAAGGGCCUUGUGCCCUUUAUUCUCAGUAAUCAUUGCAACAGUCCUGCAAAACUGGACUGUUUUAUUAACCCCAUUUUGCAAUCCAUUGUAGAUCAGACAGACCAGUAGAGAUCCUAGAGCCGUGAAGAUAGAACUAUAUGCCAAUGGCUCAUUUUUCUGCCUAUAUUAGUACUGUUGCAUGUCACCCCAAUCUGAGCUAUGUGAGAUUCCAGGGGCACCAGGGAUUACCCAGGGUUUGGUUUCCUCAGAGUGAGGAACAACAGAGACAUUUAUCUUUUUGAUAUAUUUACACAUAUAUAAAACCUGAGCCUGGGUGUAUGGGGUGUUAGGGGGUGGAUAGUACCUUUGCUGGGGGGUACCCCACCCUGCACUCAGCUCUCACCUGUGGUUCCUAGAAGCUGUGAGCAUGCGACAGCAGCCACACCCUGGGAAUGGCUUUGGCUGGCUAGCUAAACCAAGUGAGGGUACCUGAUGGGUUUCAAACCCUCGGUGAGUUAGGGACUUCCCCUGCAUGCAAAGACAGGCUCUGGCAGAUUGAGCAGACAAGACCAAUAGUCUCUUGACCAAUGGUCAAGAAAGUGGUUUCUCCACAUGCUUUAGGGGGAAGGGGCAGAUGGGGCUCGUCAACCUGGGAAGGUAGCACAUCUAGCAGAUGGAAAACUCUGAUCCUCCACUGCCUUGCUGGAUAUAUUUGGGAGAAGAACCCUACCCAAAUCUGGAGACCCUAAGACAGUUGGAUGCUGCCUUGUGCACCUCCUUAAGGCAACUCCUGCAGCCAAGCUGGUGCCAAACGUCUUGCUCCGCUUUCCUGUGGACCCUGCCAAUGAUGCCAAGAGUCUUGUUGUCUCGGCAGUUCAGGACCUCUGUACACACUGCCCAGGCUUGCACCCCAAGGAGGUCACUUCAGUGCUGAUAAUGCAGCAGUUUGACUUCACCCACACACCCUGGCUAGCCAUAGCAGAGGUUAAGAAAUAUAGGGACCAGGCUCCCCAAAGAACAUCCUUCUUUUUUCUCUUCUUUGGUGAUCACUUGUAGCCGAGUAAAAUUGUCUUCCAUGAACACGGUCUUAACAGUGAGUCUGUAAGUGACUGUGGAGGCCAAUUCUGGAUGUCCUUCCACAGUGGGGACAUACCGUAUUUUUCGCUCUAUAAGACGCACCAGACCACAAGACGCACAAAGUUUUUGGAGGAGGAAAACAAGAAAAAAAAUAUUCUGAAUCUCAGAAGCCAGAACACAGCUUCUUGCUGUUCUGGCUUCUGGGAUAGCUGCGCAGCCUGCAUUCACUCCAUAAGACUCACACACGUUUCCCCUUACUUUUUAGGAGGGAAAAAGUGAGUCUUAUAGAGCAAAAAAUACGGUAGGUUUCCGGAUGGGAGUUGGCCAUGGUGAGGGUUUGCCAAACGUGCCUUCCUCUUAGCAUGUUUCUCCCUUUCAUCCUGAUUAUGAGCGUGUUCAAAGUCCACAGCACCUUUGGUAAAGGCUGUUCUCCAAUUGGAGCGCUCACAGGCCAGUGUUUCCUAAUUGUCGGUGUUUAUACUACAUUUUUAAAGAUUUGCCUUGAGAGAGCCUUUAAACCUCUUUUGUUGACCACCAGCAUUACGCUUUCCAUUUUUAAGUUCGGGAUAGAGUAGUUGCUUUGGAAGACAAUAUUCAAUAUGACCAGUCUUCAGCCCGUUUAUGUUGAAGAAUCGUUGCUUCGGCACUCACCCCCCUACACCCCCAAUCCUCACCAGGCUCAGGCAAUGCCGAAAGAAUGCAAAGCAUCGAGAUUUUGGAUGGGCUCGCUGCAUUCCAGUCCUGUUAGCUAUAGCUAAAUCCCAAAGCUGAAACUUAUAGGAGCUCUUAAGACAACCUGGACUCUUGCAAAAAGUGGCAAAAGAUGGCAGGGCCAGGAGGGAGAGGGGAAGAAAAGAGAAAGGAAAGGAGAAAUAGAUGAGCAAAUUGUCAGAACAGGCUGGCUGGCAGGCAGAAGGAGGAGAAAACCAGGACAAAAGUUCACAGGCUGAUUCUGUGGUUUGAAGGCUGUGUUGCGUGCCCAGCUGGCUCCUGGCAUCAGUUGUGCCUCUAGAGGACUAGCCUCUUGGGAGGCUGUGGAUUCUUUUCUCUGAUUCCAUGGGAGGCGAAAGGAGCGUGACAUCCUAGGCGGUUGCUUAAAAGCCAGUUGACAUUUCCUCCUCUCUCUCUCUCUCUUCCCGCUGCCCCCAUCGCUCACCACAAAAUACACAAAAUGCAGCUCAGGAAAGCCAGAGAAUUCUGAGCCAUUUGAAGCUCCCAAGUGUUCCAAGGGAAUCAUAUGCAUUAAUGGAUUUAGGUUGCACAAUUGCUAGUCUUACAGUUGGAUUAGGGUGUGGAGGCUCCCUGGGAGAUCAGCCAUGGGGGUGGGUGUCUAAGAGGCAAUACUCUGCUCUGGUUUUGCUGGAGUUCUUCUAACUUUUCACGCAACGGUUGCUGCGAUUAAUUUCUGCAGGGAGAGGUGGAAUGCUAACCUGAAUAAAAACCAGUUGGACCUGGAAUCUUAGCUGCAGGUCUGUGGGAUGAGGGGGGUGAGAUAAAGGCACUCUGCACAUGCUCAGUGGCACCAUCUUUCAAAUAAAACCAGCCGGAACGUUGUGUGGAUUGAACCAAGAUGGGGAGAACCAUGUACACCACCUUGUGUUCCUUGGAGGUAGGAUAGCAAUAUAAUAAAUGAAUAAUAAUAAAUACUCUGAAUGACUAAAACUCUGGAAAUCUAAUGCACCAGGGAACAACAUAAAAUCAUAGGGAGCUACCUUAGACUGAGUCGCACCCUUGAUCCAUCAAGCUCUGUACAAUCUACACAGAUUGGCUGUGGUUCUCCAGGGCUUCCCUACCUUGGAAAUGCAAGGAUUGAACCCCAGAGACGUUCCGCAUGCAGAGCAGGUGCUCUCCCACUGAGCUGGAGCCCUUUCCCUGCUCAGUCUAGUCUAGGCCAAGCCUUCUAGCUUAGUUCUUUCCAGCUGCACUUCUUCCUAUUUGCAGUGAUUUUUUUUUUUGUUUUAACUGUGUGGGACAACAUAAAAAGAGCCCAGCUACUGGGUCUGACCAAAGGCCCAUCUACAUAGCCCAGCAUCCUCACAGAGACCAAUCAGGAGCCGGUGGGGAACCCGCAAGCGGGACCCGAGGGCAACAGCACUCUCCCCCGCUUGUGAUUUCCAGGAACUGCUAUUCAGAGGCUACUGAAUACCAAACCAGUCAUACUGCAGACAGUACAUAGGCAUCACAACUAGUAGCUACUGGUAGUCUUGAAUUUGUCUUUCAAAGCCAUCCAGUUGGCAGCCAUCACUGCCACUUCUGGAGAGGGGGAAAAAUCAAUAGUUUAACUAUGUUAGCUGGCAAACUUCAGAAGGCUGGGGAAAGCAGAGAUGGUCUCAGCUGAUGGGCAGGUUUAUAUGGGGCAAAGCAGCCCUUAAGGCAUCCCAGGGCCAGAUUUAAUAGACCUACAGGUGAAACUAGAAAAAUUAGAAUAUUGUGGAAAAGUUCAUUUAUUUCAGUAAUUCAACUUAAAAGGUGAAACUAAUAUAUGAGAUAGACUCAUGACAUGCAAAGCGAGAUAUGUCAAGCCUUUAUUUGUUAUAAUUGUGAUGAUCACGCUGUACAGCUGAUGAAAACCCCAAAUUAACAAUCUCAGAAAAUUAGAAUAUUAAAUGAAAUCAGCAAAACAAGGACUGCAAAUAGAGCAAUAUUGGACCUCUGAGAAGUAGAAGCAUGCAUAUGUACUCAGUGCUUGGUUUGGGCCCCUUUUGCAUCUAUUACUGCCUCAAUGCAGUGUGGCAUGGAUGCUAUCAGCCUGUGGCACUGCUGAGGUGUCAUGGAAGACCAGGUUGCUUCAAAAGGAGCCUUCAGCUCUUCUGCAUUGCUCGGUCUCAUGUCUCCCAUCUUUCUCUUGGCAAUGCCCCAUAGAUUCUCUAUGGGGUUCAGGUCAGGUGAGUUUGCUGGCCAAUCAAGCACAGUGAUCCCAUGGGCAUUGAACCAGGUUUUGGUACUUUUGGCAGUGUGGGCAGGUGCCAAAGUCCUGCUGGAAAAUGAAGUCAGCAUCCCCAUAAAGCUAGUCUGCGGAAGGAAGCGUGAAGUGCUCCAAAAUCUCCUGGUAGACGGCUGCGUUGACCCUGGACUUAAUGAAGCACAGUGGACCAACACCAGCUGAUGACAUGGCUCCCCAAAUCAACACAGACUGUGGAAACUUCACACUGGACUUCAAGCAUCUGGCAUUGUGUGCCUCCCCAUUCUUCCUCCAGACUCUGGGUCCUUGGUUACCAAAUGAGAUGCAAAAGCUGCUCUCAUCAGAAAAGAGAUUUGCAUGCUUCUACUUCUCAGAGGUCCAAUAUUGCUCUAUUGGCAGUCCUUGUUCUGCUGAUUUCAUUUAAUAUUCUAAAUAUUCACAAUUAUAACAAAUAAAGGCUUGACAUAUCUCGCUAUGCAUGUCAUGAGUCUAUGUCAUAUAUUAGUUUCGCCUUUUAAGUUGAAUUACUGAAAUAAAUGAACUUUUCCACAAUAUUCUAAUUUUUUGAGUUCCACCUGUAGUUACCUAGGUUGAGUAGGAAUUUCAUGCAGGUGACCAUUCAAGGAAGGUUUACUAAACUUGGUCCUUUGGGGGCAUAAACGCAUCGGAUUAGGUAAGCUAUAAAAAAUAAAUAAAUUUGUGGACCUGUUUGCAAAAAACCACUUCCCUGAGACCCUUUGGAGGUAUCUGACAAACUCCUCUCUCUGUAGACCCCCCAGAAAUGGAGCAUGCCGUCUACCUCUUCCUCUUCCUGCUUACAUUGACCACACACUCUGUCCAGAUUGAGGACAAUAAGAUCCCCAGCCUUUGCGCUGGGCACCCUGGAAUUCCAGGCACCCCCGGGAUCCAUGGGAACCAAGGCCUGCCAGGCAGAGAUGGGCGUGACGGGCGUGACGGAGCAGCAGGGAUGCCGGGAGAAAAGGGCGAAGUUGGUCAGCCAGGUAAGGUUGGGGGGGCUGGGAGAGCACUAUUAUUUCCAGGUCCAUUUCUAUCAUGCUAAGCAAGCUAAUUCUGCAGAAGCUCUGAAGUGGAUAAUUCCAGCAUUAUUGUCUCACAGCGUAUUGGGGGAAGGAGUCCACUCUGUGUUAUCAACUCCAUAGAGCAGGGCCAGCCUGUCUGGUGACCCAUUUUUGCCUGUGUGGACAGCCAGCUGGUUUUCAGAGCUAUGCAAGCCCCAACCAUCAGCAGCUGGGCACGGCUAUAAUGGCCUCACAAGCCAAAUGGGGAGGCCUGGCAGAAGUAAUAAGACCUGUGGGCUGGAAGUUCCUCAACCCUCUGAGGGAAACGAGGUCAUUUAAAUUAAGACCCAAACUUCUAACCAUUGUAGUUGCCAUAAGCAAGACGAGGGGAUAGCUGGUGUUUUGCUUUCUACUGAGUUCUCUCUUUUCUGUCAAUUAAUUUUUAUUGCUUUUCAAAAAAAAAAAAUCAUCAAAUUAACAUCAAAUUAAUUCAGAUUUAAUACAAAUUUGAAAGUUGACUUUCCACCCCGCCAUCUUGAUGUUUCUCUCAAUGUUACAUAAUUUCCUCAUUCCAUUUCAAGAGAAGAGUAAGAUAAAAAAGAAAAAAAAGUUAGCAAAAGAUGCAAACGAAGAACUUCCGAUUUCCCAUCUGCCAGUAACAGAAAAUGUGUGUGUGUGUAUGUAUACACAAACAAAAAAUACAUACACACAUACAUACAGUGGUACCUCUGUUUUUGAACGUCUCCGUUGUCGAACAUUUCAGUUUUCGAACGCUGUAAGCCCAGAAGUAAAUGCUUCAUUUUUCGAACGCACCUUGGAAGUCACACCAGAAACGCAGCUUCCGUAUUGAAUUUUCCGUUUUGAGUUUUCCAUAUUGAGUUUUCCGUUUUGAGGCUUCUGUGCUGACUUUUUGGUUUUCAAAUAUUUCAGAACUCAAACGGUCUUCUGGAAUGGAUUAUGUUUGAAAACUGAGGUACCACUGUAUGUAAAAUCACCCUCCGUCCAUGCAAAAAAUAAUAAUAUUUAAAACCUUCAGUCCAUGCAAACAUCCAUCUUCUCCACUUUCUGUUAAGCAACUUCUUUAAAGUCAGGGUGCCUCAGAAUCAUUUGUUCUUUUUCCCUACGAAAAGUCCAAGACAGGUUCCAUAAUUAUUAAUAAAUGUUAGCCCUAAUUCCUGCCACCAUUACUCCAUAAUGCAUAGUACUAAAUUCUUCCACCCAUAUCCGUGUUAAAUCCUCUCCACGGCAAAAACACAUUAGAUCCAUAUUCCAUUCUCAAACAUAUCCUAACACUGUCCUUGGUUGUUGUUGUUUUCAUUCCGUAAAGGAGCAGUGGGCCCUACAGGGGAAAGAGGCAGCCCUGGCCUCAAUGGGUUUCCCGGAGAGAAAGGGGCGCCUGGGGAGUGCGCAGUGGCCCCCCGCUCAGCUUUCAGCGCCAAGCGCUCCGAGUCUCGCAGCCCUCCCUUGGCCGACCAGCCAAUCGUCUUCGACGUGGUUCUGGUCAACGAGCAGGGACAUUACGACGGCAACACGGGGAAGUUCCUCUGCGAGAUUCCGGGACUAUACUACUUCGCCGUCCAUGCCACCGUCUACCGCAUGAGCCUCCAGUUCGACAUUAUGAAGAAUGGCAAGUCGGUGGCCUCCUUCUUCCAGUUCUACGGCAACUGGCCCAAGCCUACAUCGCUGUCCGGUGGCACCCUGGUGCGGCUGGAGCCGGAGGAUGAAGUCUGGGUGCAGGUAGGGGUAGGGGACUACCUUGGCUUCUACUCCAGCAUCAAGACAGAUAGCACUUUCACAGGAUUCCUGGUCUACUCCUACUGGCAAAACUCUCCCGUCUUUGCCUGAGAGAUGCCACUCUCCGCCACGCGAUUUGCGGAGGACUCCCUUUCUUGGCUCUGCCACAGCUGUCGUCCGUGGGGAUACCUGUGGCCCUUCUUAACCCGAGGGGUGUUGCGCCCCUUUAGCUAAUGCCUGUAAAAGGGUUGUAGGUUCUUCCCAGAAGGUGUCUGGCAACCCCUCAGGCCAGGGUCAGGAUAGCUGUGCAGCAGAGAAGCUAAGUGACCUUUGUAGUGUACUAGCAAACAGUGUACUCCUUGCGGAGUAGAUUUACUUUCUAUAUCUAUACACAUACAUACUUAGGGCUGUGCCCCGCUUGCUUCGCUUGCCAGCCCCACCUAACCCUUUGGUAACCACCCUGCCCCACAUCAGAUGUCAAAUGACAAUAUGACUUUUAGAAGACAUCUGAAGGCAGCCCUGUAGAGGGAAGUUUUUAAUGUCUGAUGUUUUGUUGUGUUUUUAUAUUUUGCUGGAAGAUGCCUAGAGUGGCAGGGGAAACCCAGUCAGAUGGGUGGCAUGUUAAUACAGUUGUACCUCGGGUUAAGAACUUAAUUCGUUCCGGAGGUCCAUUCUUAACCUGAAACUGUUCUUAACCUGAAGCACCACUUUAGCUAAUGAGGCCUCCUGCUGCCACCGUGCCACUGCUGCACGAUUUCUGUUCUCAUCCUGAAGCAAAGUUCUUAACCUGAGGUAAUAUUUUUGGGUUAGCGGAGUCUGUAACCUGAAGCGUAUGUAACCUGAAGUGUAUGUAACCCAAGGUACUACUGUAAUAAAAUUAUUAUUAUUAUUAUUAUCUAACCAGCCACCCUCCGUUUACACCCCCUUGUCCUCCCCUUGCAGCGCGCCUGAACCUCCACACAUUUUUAAAGGAGGAGGGAGGCACAGUUGACUGAAUGGCUCUAUGAAGCGCCUCUCUUUCCUCUGUCAAACCUCACGGCAGGCAUGUUUGACCGAGGUCAGCCAGGAGCCAUUCAAGAGCUUGCCUGGGCUACCCUGUCAUUUCUCGUGCUGCAGCUGACGUGGCCAUCUGUCGGCAGUCCUGUGAACUGCAAAGCAUGACAUUCAGUCCUUUUGUUUGUUUAUAGGGAGACAGGCCACACUUUCCCACAGUUCCUCAGAAGCAGUCCAACUGGAAGGGGCUGGUGUAUUUCUGCAGCUCCUCCUCUCCUUGUCAAAGGGGAAGGAGGGUCCAGAGCAAGAUCGCUAGGAUCAAACCCCUAUUAAACCAUGAAAUCAAUCUUAACUCGUAUAUGGCAUUUAGGGCCGGGCGGUAUCUGGUUUUCAACAUCAUGAUAUAUCACCAACUAAACCUCGUGAUAUACCAGUGGAGCUGGCAGAGUUAACAAGGGCUGCAGGAUUCAAGAGAAGCAUUGGCUGGCUUCAUGAUUUCCCCCACAUUGUGAUUUUUGCAUAGCACACACACACACACACACACACACACACACACACACACAUUUUGAUUCCCAAUAUAUUCCCAGGUCAAAAAUGAUGGAACCAAUAACACAAUGUGGACUUCAAAUGGGUUUUGGAUGAUAUAUUGAUAUAUUACCUAGCCCUAGUGGCAUUGCAGAGAGAAAUUAGAGUAAUCGCCCAAAUGAAAAAUGCCACAGAAGGAAUUAUUUAAAAACAACAGUACAGUGGUCCCUCUGGUUAAGAGCGCUUCAGGUUAUGAACACUUCAGGUUAUGAGCUCCGUUAACCCGGAAGUAGCUGCUCCUGGUUGCGAACUUUGCCCCAGGAUGUGAACGGAAAUCGUGCGCCAGAGGGGCGCGCACAGCGGGAGGCCCCAUUAGCUAAAGCGUGCCUCAGGAUAAGAACGGUUUCAGCUUAAGAACGGACCUCCAGAACAAAUUAAGUUUGUAACCAGAGGUACCACUGUAAUAGUGUGAAUGGGUCAUUUCCCAUGUUAUCUUCUUAAUAGGGUAGCACAUGCACAGAAGCCUCCCUGCCCUCUCUUGCUAUGGCAGCCUGUAGUGGCUGUUAGAAGGUUCCAACAGCCACUACAGGCAGCCACAGAUCCAGAGUCUUCUCUUGCAACAUUCCCAACUAUGAAAGGGGCCCAUCACUGCUCACUCAUUUAAUUUUAACCUAAAAAGGACUGGAAAUCAAGGCUCUGGCUGUGUUGUUUUCCAUCUGGUAGGAAAAUAGCCUCUUUCCUAUUAGGUAGCCUAGGGCAAGAUAAAGGUUGCAAGCUGACUGCUCUGCUCACAGCCCAACUGCAGAGAAUAUAUAUCAGAAAGGGUGCACAAAUUCUCAUUCAUGGAGCAAGCAGCAAUAAGAAGUAUAGCGUAGAUGUUAUAGACGUGUGGCAUGAGUUAUCCACUAGGGGGCUCCCUGAGCCCAAAGUUUAAAAAGUUUGCUGGCCAAGUUAAUUAACCCUAGAAUGGAUUUUGUUUGUAAGAUUGUUUCACGCAUGACAUUUCUUUUUUCCGACAUGGAAAUUUGAGUCUGUUAGUCUAUUAUUCCUGUAUGCAAAGGAUGUGUAUAUGUAUAUAGUCACUCUUUUGUUCUUAGUCUUCCAAAGUGUUUUAAAUAUAAUGAAAGGAUUUGAGUGCUGUUUUAUAUCUCUGUAUUGGGGGGGGGUGAGUAUCGGUGUUUGGAGAGAUCUUUUUUACUGGUAGAAAGCAUUUUGGAGGGAGGUGUUGCAAUGUUUUUUCCGACUCCUGCUCCUCAACAUUUUACAGCAGCCCAAUAAAGAGAAAAUAAGUGGGUGACAUCCCGCCCCCCGCAUUAAACAGAGUUAAAGAGAGCAAAACUUCAUCUGUUUCAAUUCUUGUAUACUAGAAAUUAAAGAACCUAUUGAUUCAUUCCCUGUUUUUGAACUGAUGAAUUCAUCAAUUUAACCUCUAAGCCACAUUGCAUAUAGUUAUUCCUUCAACAUGGACCUUUCUUUGGAUGUUGGAGGCUGUAUAAGGGAUUUUAAAAGGUACCAUAAAGACAUAGUCAGGUAUUUUAAACGAUUUCCACUGUUGUGCUAUAGUGAUCCUGGCAGCAUCCGUGUCAAAAGUUCAUUUGGAUGAAAUAUCUUCAUAGUGCCUGUCCAUGUAUUUAGUAGGAAUAACUGAGUAGAUAUUUGAAUAUGUGUUUUGAUAAUCUUUGAAAUCUCCUAAUAAAUUUCAUUCCAGAGUGACGCAACCUGUGGGCAUUCCCACCAGAGAUGGGGAAAGUUCAUUUAUUCCUUCAACCUGCCUGAUGAAUGGUUUAUUGGAAUUUGGGAUAGUUGAAUGGGUAUGUGAUACGGUAUUGAUGAAUAUACUAGCUCAAUGCAAAUAGGCCAAUGCUCAAGAGGACCC